AUGGUUGGUUCCAAAAAUGUGGUGCAUUUAGUCACUGAUAAUGCUAGCAAUUAUAAGGCUGCUGGAACUUUAUUAAAUGAAAGAUAUCCAACUAUUUGCUGGUCUCCAUGUGCUGCCCAUUGUAUCAAUUUGAUUUUGAAGGAUAUUGGUGAAAUGGGUACUGUUAAAUCUCUAGUGUCUCUUGCUUCUACAAUAACUGUUUUUGUGUAUAAUCAUAAAUAUGUUCUAAAUUGGUUCAGAAAAACUAAUGGGUGGAAGGAGAUUAUUCGUCCGGGGGAAACUCGAUUUGCCACCACUUUUAUUGCACUAAAGAGCUUACAUGAUCACAAAGACAGCUUACAAGCUUUAGUCACUAGUGGAGAUUACAAAAAUUUCUUGAAAAUGAACAAAGGAAAAGAGGUCAAACAAAUUGUUUUGGAUGAUAGAUUUUGGAAUAAUUGUUUGAUUACAGUGAGAAUAAUGGGUCCUAUUAUUCGGUUGUUGAGAGUUUGUGACACUGAUGAAAGGCCUUCUUUGGGGUAUGUGUAUGAAGGUAUGUUUAGAGCAAUUACUAGAAUCAAGAAGUUGUUCAGGAAUAAUGAAAGGCUAUAUAAGCCUUACAUUGAUAUCAUCAAUGACCGAUGGGAUAGGAUGUUGAGGAAAAAUUUGCAUGCUACAGCAUAUUUUUUAAAUCCCGCUUUUCAAUAUGACACUGCCACAUUCUCUACACAUCCAGAAAUUACAAAUGAAUUUUGGGUGGUUGAAGAAGAACAAGAAGGGGAGCUUGAUUAUGAGGAGUUAGAGGAAGAGCUUGAAGAACCUCCAAUUCAUGGUCAAUGUUCAAAUUCUGAACAACUUGAAGAUGAUGAAGAUGAAGCAGAAGAUGUUGAUUUAGAAACAUUUCAGCGUCGAAACUUUUUUAAUGAUGAAGAUGAUGAUUGGCAUUAA